AUGAAGUGGGUCGCGGCAAAAGACGGCCAUGCGCCGCUAGGUACUUUGAUGGCAGGUUUCAAUAAUUAUUGGGAACCUAUUUUCGUAGCAAGGGCUAGACAUGAAGGCGCUCUGAUUCCCGGAAAACUUAUCCACUCCCACGGCUGUGCUUACAUCUCAUGGGGAGGGCAUGAAAUCAAGAAAUACGAAUAUGAGGUGUUGGUUGAUGCACCACCAAACUGGAUAGCUACGAGCGGCAAUAAAAUUCCCUUAAAUGCAUAUCCCGGAGGAAAGACUGAAAAUCAUGAAGUUUUAUUUAUUGGAAGAGUCGUCGGUUACGAAGGAGAAACAAUUCCAGGAAAAGUUCAACCAUCACACAAAUGUGUCAUGUCGUGGAAAAAUGCAAGUCAUGGUAACGCGCCAGCCAAUUCUCUUGUGGCUGGUCAUGAUGUUGAUGAUGAACCUAUAUACAUAGCGAGAGCAGAAUAUGAAGGAGAUCUUGUACCCGGGAAACUCGUAUCCUCCCAUGGAGCAGCCUUCGUCCCCUGGGGUGGUAAGGAGAUUACGAGGCUCAAUUACGAGGUACUCAUCGAUAGUACCAAUAAUUGGGUAAAAGCUAGUAACGGUGACGUUCCGGCAAAUGCUGUUGUCGGAGGCAGAACGAUAAUUGGUGAACCUUUAUACGUCGGCAGGGUUUAUUAUCUGAAUACUAUCACGCCGGGAAAAAUUCAGAGGUCAGAAGGCGUCUGUUACAUACCAUUUAAUGGAGACGAAUUACAUUUUCCUGAAUAUGAAGUUCUACUGGAAAAUUGA